AUGUCGAAACCGCCACCGCCACCGCCAACGCCGCCCGCCUCCGAGGCCUCGUCCUCUGUCGCCGCGGCCGCUCCUCGCUCCCUUCCUCCAACGCUCCUCCUCCCUCCUUCAUCCAGUGGGAACCGAGGCGCGCGCGGCGGCAGUGCCGCGGGGAGCAGGAAGGGCAAGGCGCCGGUCGGUUCGGCGGCCGGCGCGCAGGGAGAGAGACACCAGCACGACCCGCUAGUGGAGGCGGUGAGGUUGGUUGGGAGGGACGUGGACCCAGGGGUCGCCGGCGCUGACAUCCUGGAGCUGGCGAUGGCCAAGGGGCCCAUGUUCUCGUGGCUGAGGUACUGGCCGGAAGAGGGGUAUCCCGAGGAGGGCCGACCUUACUGA